AUGUGCUUCCGUCACAUCAAAUACCACGUCUACCACGUAGGCGAAGAAGACUUCCGCAUCACCCCAUUUAUGGACUUGGAAAAAGAGUUCGGAUAUAGCAAGAAACACAAAGACAUAGCCAACGACUACGCCAGAGCGCACCCCAAAUCCGAUGAAUCGAACAGCUACUUUAUCCACCCCCCUGCCCCUUUAUUCCACGGAACACCGCGGACUAUUCACCAUGGUAGCGAAAAAGAUAAAGAGCCUCUCUGCAUUAUCAAAUCGUCUGCUUUCUGGCGGGUGCGUUCGUGGCGAAUCUGGGGUGAAACUGGGAAGCGAUAUCAUCGCAUGGUUAAUGCCCAGCGGAAGACGCUGAAAGAAAAGGGUGAAGAGGAAGAAGAAAAAGUCCAGCCUGCUGGUGCGGAAGAAGUCAUCAGACUUAAAUGGUCAUCGCCGCUGAUGAAUGCUCGACGAUAUCACUUUCUCUAUGCUGGGAUCACAUUUUUCUGGGAGGGUACAAGAGAUCUUCAUGUGAAUGAGAAAUGGUCGAGAAGACUAAUGCCUCUCAAUCAUUUGAAGUUGAUUGCAGAGCUUCCUGGAGGGGAGAGAUUGUUUCUGGCUCAGUUUACUUCAGAUUUCUCGUCGAAGAAGUUUGGAAAGUUGUGGGUUAUCGACUCGGCAGUUUCGAAGUUGCUUGAGAUAGUCGAUCCCUUUCAGGGACCGGAUGAUUCUGGGUCUGUAGUGGGCUUCAAAUCGCAACCACAGUCGAUUAAUCUACGGGAAUCUCGAUUCCGAUUUAAUGAAAUCAUUCUGGCUACUGCCAUGUGCAUGGUUAUUGGGGAGUGGCAGAAGCGCUUGACACUUUGGUUCAUUGUCAUCCUCAUUGCUGAGUCAGGGAAGGGUGCGAAUAUGGCAGGUGCUGGAGGAGGUGGCUGUUAA